AGGAGUAGACACACCGAGGUUUUUCCUUCUUUAAUUGUUUUAUUUGUUCAUGAAGUAAUGAAGAGUCUUCAAGGUCAUGAUGGAGAUGAUGACGAAGUCGAGCUGGAGACAGAUGAAAACAUCAACCUCUUCAUCGUCUCCAUCCUUCUCCAUUUCAACGACGACAUGAUGACGAUGAUGAUCAACGACGAAGAGGACGCCGACAAGGAGUUAAGAGUGGUUGAGAGGGGAGUGGAGGGGGGGGAAGAAGGGAAGGUGGAGUGGAAAAGCGUCGACGAUGAAGAGAAACAGCGCCAAUGCUUCGUGAUACCGACGAUGAUAAAAGAGGAAGAAGAGGAGGAGGGAGGCGUGGAAGAGGAGACUCGAGGGGCUAUGAAGAAACGACGAGGAGGAGGAGGAGGGAGGAGGAGGAUAAAGGAAGGAGGAGGUAGAAGAGAUGUGUGGAGGAGCUACGUAGCAGCAGAAGCAGGAGAAAGAGGAAGAGGAUGCGAAGGAGAAGGACGAGGAGGAGGAGGAGGCGGGAACCCGAGAUCGAGGAGGAGGAGGCGGGAACCCGAGAUCGAGGAGGAGGGAACCCGAGAAGAUGUGAAAAAGUACGAGGAGGGAGGGAGGGAGGAGGAGGACGCCAUGAGCUACGAGGAGGGAGGGAGGGAGGAGGAGGACGCCAUGAGCUACGAGGAGGGAGGGAGNUACGAGGAGGGAGGGAGGGAGGAGGAGGACGCCAUGAGCUACGAGGAGGGAGGGAGGGAGGAGGAGGACGCCAUGAGCUCCGACAGACCAGGAGCAGGAGGAGCAGGAGGAGCACGAGGAGCAGGAGCAGCACGAGGAGCACGAGGAGCAGGAGGAGCAGGAGCAGCACGAGGAGCACGAGGAGCAGGAGGAGCAGGAGGACAAGAGAGGAAAAGGAGCAAAUGGAGGAAAGGGGAUAAGAGAGUGGUGGAUGAGGAGUGCGAUAAGAGAGUGGUGGAUGAGGAGUGCGAUAAGAGAGUGGUGGAUGAGGAGUGCGAUUAAGAGAGUGGUGGAUGAGGAGUGCGAUAAGAGAGUGGUGGAUGGGGAGUCGGAAGGAGUAGAAGGGAGGGAGGGAGGGAGGGAAGGAGGGAGGGAGGGAGGGAAGGAGAGAGGUGGAGGGAGGAGGGGUAGGUGGCUGGGUAAGGAGAUGUGUAGAAGGAAGAGGAGGACGCAGAGGACAAGGGUUUUUUUUCCGAGAUCCUUCUCCAUUUUCCUUUCUCUUUUUCUUUUUCUUUUUUCUUUUGCGAACAUCUAUCCUUUUGCUGAUUGAGCGGGAAGGAGAUUAUCUAAGGUCCUCAAGCGCCGUACGAAUAG